GGACAGGCUGCUUGGGAUGGCUGUGAAUCAACUGUUUUGGCGAGAAAGGGGACGGGGCCAAUAACUGAGAAAGGGGAUUCACUGUAAGAUCAAGGCAGCUCCUCUAAAUGGCAUGCACCGGAAAGGAGAACCUGCAAGAAACUUUCCUUCCGGGGAGCAAUGCCGAGCCAAGGCAGAAGGAAAGCGCAUCUCUUGCUGCAAGUGCCUCUGGCAGCAGUAAGAUCCCGGUGCUGUCCAAAGGCAGAUCCUUGCCACGGUUGAAGCCAUCACAACAGCAGCAGGGCCAGCUGCCGCAGGCAUAUCUGUCCGGUGUGGGAAGCAAAGCAAUCAAGGUUGCCAAGAUGCCUCAUACCGGCUCAGUUCCUGGUGCUGCUCUUUUGAAAGCAGAAGCUGGGUUAUCACUCAAGAGCCUUUCCAGGGAGCCCCUGGGGGAAAUGCAGCUGAGCAGCUCCGGCCAUUGGAAUGAAGGCAGUGGGCCCAACGGCAAAGGAGCUAGCACAGUUGAGUUUGUUCCUGAUGUAGCAGCCCUUGCUAGUAUCCUGUCCAACACGGGGCUGACUAAUGAUAUGGUGAGUUCCACCCACAAGCCCAGCCUGGCCCGACGCGUCCCUCUGAGAGGGAGCAGAGCCUGCUCAGCUGGAGUUGGGACAGCCCGGGGCACUCUGUGUACAGGGAGUUUAGCAGCAAAUCAUGUUCCGAUGUCCUCCAUCUCCAGAUUAACGUCAAAAGGUACAGACCAGCCACGGUCUUGCGCCCUGACCCUGGACCCACAGCAGCUGAAGAUGCUGUCAGCUACGUUCCAGAGCCUUGGGCCCGGGGUGGCGGUGGCAAAACCCAGCCAAGUGGUGGAGAACCUGGGAGUGGGCAAGAGAAAAGCCCCUGUGUCUGGGCCCAAGGCAGACAGUCUGAGCAGCGUUCCUGAGGCUGGCAUUGCAGUGCACAGCAGCUCAUCUGGGAGAAAGGACACUGCGGACACCUCAUGGCAAGGUGAAGCGUUUGUACCAGAUCGAGCUGCCAAAGCCAGCAUCCUGCUGAACAUAGGCCUGAGCCAUUCAGCGCUGGGAGCCAACGGCAAGCUGAGCCUGGCCCAGCGGGUGCCUGUGAAAGAUGCUCGGAAGCCACCCAUCAGUUCGGGCAGCACGAUGGGAGAAAAUUCCUUUCCACGGCUCUCCCACAUGAGUGCAUCCUCUGCAGGAAAGUUCGGACGGCUGUCCUGUCGUUCCACACAGGGCCUGAAAGGUCUGGAGAAGUCAGAGGCACCUGGAGACCAGCUGGCUGGCACACCUGGUGACAGAUGCUCUGCUGUCGACUCUUCACCCUACGGACUCGCUAGGAGAGUGCCCAUUGCUUGCCCACAGUCCUUGCAUCGCAGUCCCUGGUCGUGCAACCGGAUGCCCGUUUCUUCCUGCAUGGGGGACAAAAGGGUUAAGAGGACAGGCGGGGCCACCCCGAAGGUGGGCCCGGUGAGCGCCAAGCAGGAAAGCACUGCUGUGCCCUGGGAGAAGAUCGCUGUGCGGCUCUUUGAUGACGAGAUGGCAGGGUCGGUGAAGAAAGCACACGCUGCUCCUGUGAUCCCCCCAGGCAUGGAAAAGCUCCAACGCAUUGAGCUCCUGGCCCAACUCUUGCAGAAGGAGAUGAAUGGUGUUCUUGAUUGUGAUGCUGCCCCUUCACUGGAAGGAUUGCACAAACUGUUGUUGGCUCACUGCCUGCCUGCUCAGGAGUCACCCACGCCUGGCCUGCCCGCUGCCCCUCAGCAGGAUCCUGGAUCAAACGCCUGUGAGCUGGCCCCGGUGUCCACGGCUGCAGCAGCACCGGGAUCUCCUGCCAUGGCCACCACCUCCAGCCAGCUCCCUGCCUGCCCCUGCCCUUCCUUGCCUUCGCUUCAGCCACCUCCAUGCCAUGCAAGCCGUACGGGCCAGGCCAAGCAGCAACUGCGUGCCCUGCUCGGUGCACCUCAGCGCUUCCACGAGGCCUGCCUCAACGAUGAGUGCGCCGUCUAUACUGCCCGCAUCCCUUCUGCCACCCAGCCCCCAGUACAGCGGUGCAAGGAGCCUGUGGCAGCGAUGCUGGACGCUCAGGAGGCCAUGCACUUUAUACCCAUCUCUGCACCUCUCUCCCCACCACUCACGGAAGGAAAGAGGUCUUCACCCUCAUCAAGGCCUGAGCCAUGACACUGCUCGUCAGGCGCCCAUCUGCACAGGGGCUGCACUGACAUUCCUCUUUGCCAGCCUGGUGACUUAGAGCCUUCCGCAGCUGCUACCCUUGGAUCCCACUUUCUGACCACUAGCAAGUCUCACCAGGACCAGACAUCCCAUCUGUCUUGGCUGGGGGAGCCGGGAGCUGAAACCCCCCCUCUUGCCUGAAAGCAUGUGGUGCUUGGUGGAAAGAAGUGCCUGGUACUUGUGCCAAGGGAAGGCUGGCCGUAGGGAACGGAAUCCGUGCCUCUUUGACCUGCAAGUUACUGCUAUAAAAACUGUACACUAUCACUGUAUUAACUGUGUGUAAAAAGGUUUUUCUUAAAAAAAUAAAAAUAACUUUACUGUA